AUGAUUUCCAUUAAAUAUUUUAUUUUUUUCGCCAUAUGGAUCAUUAUUUGUAUUGAAAUGCAAAAGGAAGGAAUAUUAUCCAUUGGUAAAAGAAAUAAUUAUCAAUCAAAGAGCCGUAUUUUAAGAAUGGAUACCCCUGAUCCAUUGGGUGAUUCAGAAAAUUACGAAGUUGUUACAAAUAGCCCAGCCGGGAAUGUAGUAACUGUUUAUAAUAAACAUGGAGAACCAUUAUAUUUUUAUAUAAAUAAAAAGAAAACAAAAAAAGACUCCAAACUAAGAAAGAAAAAAAAUAAAUCUUAA